UGGGCUACUGUUGACCGAAGAAGGAGAAGAGGAGGGAGACAUGUGGCCAGAGGCAGGAGGAGAGGAGGAAAGUAAAGAGAGUGGAACUGAGGGUAGGAACUUUGAAUGUUGGCAGUAUGACUGGUAAGGGGAGAGAGUUAGCAGAUAUGAUGGAGAGAAGGAAGGUUGAUACAUUGUGUGUGCAAGAGACUAAAUGGAAGGGGAGAAAGGCCAGGUGGAUUGGAGGUGGAUUCAAAUUGUUCUAUCAUGGUGUAGAUGGGAGGAGAAAUGGGGUAGGAGUUAUUCUGAAGGAACAGUAUGUCAAGAGUGUUUUUGAGGUGAAAAGAGUGUCAGGCAGAGUAAUGAUUAUGAGGCUGGAAAUUGGAGGUGUGAUAAUGAAUGUUGUUAGUGCAUAUGCAAGUUGGGUGUGCAAUGGGUGAGGAAGAAGAAUUUUGGAGUGAGUUGGAUGAAGUGAUGAACAGUGUACCCAAGGGACAGAAAGUGGUGAUUGGAGCGGAUUUCAAUGGACAUAUUGGUGAAGGGAACAGAGGAGACGAGGAGGUGAUGGGUAGGUAUGGUGUCAAGAAGAGGAAUGAAGGUCAGAGGAUAGUGGAUUUUGCCAAAAGGAUGGACAUGGCUGUGGUGAAUACAUAUUUUAAGAAGAGGGAGGAACAUAGGGUUACGUACAACAGUGGAGGAAGAUGCACACAGGUAGAUUACAUCCUGUGCAGAAAAGUUGAUCUGAAGGAGAUUGAAAACUGCAAAGUGGUGGCAGGGAAAAGUGUAGUUAAGCAGAAUAGGAUGGUGGUCUGUAAGAUGAUGUUGGAGAUCAAGAAGAGGAAGAGAGUGAAGGCAGAGCCAAGGAUCAAAUGGUGGAAGUUGAAAAAGGAAGACUGCAAGGUUGAGUUUAGGGAGGAGGUGAGACAGGUACUGGGUGGCAGUGAAGAACAGCUGGGCAACUACAGCAGAAAUAGUAAAGAUGACAGCAAGAAGGGUGCUUGGCAUGACAUCUGAACAUAGGAAGAAGGAAAAGGAAACCUGGUGGUGGAAUGGGGAAGUACAGGAGAAU